AUGAGCAACGUAAGCGAGCAAGUGUCGAAGACGAUGGAAUCGGCCAAAGAAGCCGCAGCCAAAGUUGGCGAGCAAGUGUCAGAUUUUUUUCAAGGAAACCCGUUCUCGACGCCAGUCGGACGCAAAAUUGAACUCGCCACUAAUGCUUCCAUUCUUGCCACUGAAAAUUGGGGGUUGAACAUGGAGAUCUGCGAUUUUAUCAACAGCACCGAAGACGGGUUUGAUGCUGUCCGUGCAAUUCGCAAACGUCUGCACACAAAUAUGUGCAAGAAUAAUGCGAUUGUGAUGUAUACAUUGACGGUCUUGGAGACGUGUGUCAAGAAUUGCGGCCAUAAUUUCCAUGUCCUCGUCUGUUCCAAGGACUUUGUCCAAGAUCUGGUCAAGUUGAUCGGCUCGAAGUUCGAUACGCCGCAGAUCAUUCACGAACGUGUCUUGUCACUUAUCCAGGCAUGGGCAGAUGCAUUCCGUGGACAUCCCGAUUUACAAGGAGUUGUGCAGGUCUAUGAAGAACUCGUGACAAAAGGUGUCACAUUCCCUGCAACGGAUUUGGAUGCAAUGGCACCUAUAAUUACACCGAAACAGAGUUACGAAGUUGUGAGCCAUGCUGAUGGUCCGAUAAUAGCUAGCGCUGAACAGCUGGCAAAACUUCGAUCUGAUCUGGAUGUGGUGAAUUCGAAUUUGAAAGUGUUCCGCGAAAUGCUCACUGAAAUCAUUCCUGGUCGUGAGACUGCUGAUGAAUUACAAUUACUCAAUGAGUUGCAUGCAACAUGUAAACAAAUGCAACUUCGUGUACUGGAUUUGAUUCGCAGUGUUGGGAAUGAAGAAGUGACAUACGAGCUUCUCGUCAUGAAUGACGAAUUCAAUAGUGUAUUCGAAAAGUACGAUCGAUUCAUGACGAAUCGAACCGGCGAUGCAACCAAAGUCGGAGAUCUGAUCGACGUGGGACAAUCUGUGAAACCACUGGAGCACCAGCUAGCUGGAAUGAAGGUGACGUCGGCUUCAACUUCGGAUGCCUACGCUGCCAACAGUGAGCAGCAAGCAGCUAUUGGGAUCGCAACCGCGGUCAACAGUAAGGUAAGAAUCCUCCACAACUUUCUACUCAACUAA